AUGCAUCACAACUCGUGGCAGCGACAUGCUGCAUUGGCUGCACUCUCAGGUUUGUCGCUCGUUAAGGCACAGGCACCCAAUGGCACCACCUCAGCUGCAGGAGUUGUGACCUUCCCUCCGCCGAGUGGGGUGUCAACCACUUAUACCCUCACCAGCUACAACACACAGUCAACUGCUACCUACUUGACCCAGACGGACUUUAGCAAUGAGCGCCUGGCUUUCCUCUGGGAUCAAGUGGGGCCGGUGGCUACAGGUCCGGUGACGACGACGGUGACGCCAACCCCGGAGCCAAGUGCAUAUCCGUCACCAGGCACAUUCCACCCACUCGUGCCGGCUUAUGAGCCCGAAUUCAACAAUGUCACUCUGCCAAAGGACUUCGUGUGGGGAGUGGCUUCUUCGUCGUACCAGAUCGAGGGCGCUGCAGAUGCUGAAGGAAAGGGGCCAUCUAUAUGGGAUCUGCUGGCCCAUAGGGUCCCUAAUCUGAUUGCAGACAACACCACCGCAGAUGUCGUUGCCUCUCACUAUUACCUUUACAAGCAGGACAUCGCUCGUCUCAAGGCCCUUGGCAUCCCGGCCUUCAGCCCAAGCAUCAGCUGGCCCCGAAUUUUCCCUUUCGGCAAGGGUCCCAUCAAUGAGGCCGGUGUGGCUCACUACGACGAUGUGGUCAAGACUGCCGUUGAGGCCGGCUUGACUCUCGCAGUCACCUUGUUCCACUGGGACACGCCACUAGCCCUCUUCAACGAGUAUGGAGCUUGGAACGACAAACAGGUUAUUGACGACUUCUUCAACUAUGCCACCUUCAUCAUCUCGAGGUAUGACCAGUACGUCACGGAGUGGUUCACCAUCAAUGAGCCGCAGUACUGCAACUGGCAGUUCUCGACGUACCCAGCCGGCGAGUACUACCCGAUCUACAACAAUAUCUCCGGAGGCGUCCAGUCGCGCUUCCUCUGUGGCCACCAUUCGCUGCUGGCACACGCCAAGGUGUAUAAGUGGUACAAGAAUGAGUUUGGUGGUACCAAGAAGAUGACCUUCAAGAACUCGGGCAACUACUUCGAGGCCAACUCGACCUCGCCCGCCGACCUCGACGCCACCCAGCGCCAGUACGACUACUCGCUCGGCUGGUUCAACCACCCCGUCUGGAACGGCGGCCAGUACCCGGACAACCUGCGCAACACGCUCGGCGACCUCCUGCCCGAGUUCACCCCCGAGGAGAGCGAGCUGGUCCAGGGCUCCUGCGACUUCUUCGCCAUCGACCCUUACACGUCCUACUACGCCGCCGCCAUCGACGACCUCGAGGCUUGCACCUCCAACAGCUCUCACCCAAGCUACCCUGAAUGCGCGGGCUCGCAGCCCGUUGCGCCUGGCGGCUUCGCGGUCGGCCCCGCUGCCGACUCGGGCGUCAGCUGGCUUUGGUCCGCGCCGCAGGGCGUGCGCCGCUUCCUGAGCAAGAUCACCAAGGAGCUGUUUCCGAACGUGCCCGAGAUCGUGGUCACGGAGUUCGGGUUCGCCGAGCCGGGCGAGGGCGACCUCAGCUCGCUGUCUGCGAUCCAGUGGGACCUGCGCCGGGCGGAUUACUACCAAGGCUACCUGGACAACAUCCUCGCCGCGAGGUUGUACGAUGGUGUCAAUGUUACCGGUGCCUGGGGGUGGGCUAUUUUUGAUAAUUAUGAGUGGUUCUCUGGGAGCAGUGUGCGCUUUGGGCUGCAGUAUGUCAAUUAUACCUCCCUGGAGCGCACCCCCAAGGCCUCUAUGUUCCAGUUCCUGAACUGGUUCAACAGUAAGGGCAGAGGCUUCGCUGGUGACGGCAGUGGGAACUCGACUAUCGAUGCUCGGAGGCUCUUCUAA